GAAAGGGGAGGAGAAGACCUGAGGGCCAGGAUUCUUGGCAAGGUGAGUCCAGAAGCCCCGAGAGGCCAUCAGUGGCCCAACUUCUGUGUGAGAUUUGGCUGUGGUAAGGGGAGUGAAAGAGCCGGAAACUGGAAAGCUUCCCAAGAAACACACAGAGCAGGGAAGCCGUGUGGGGAAUUUAAACCAUUUAGAAGAUGGCAACCAAGCAGACAGAGCCAGUCACCGUCAUUAGCCUUAGGAAGUUGAGCCUGGGGACCCCAGAGCCACAGCAGAAAGAGCCGAAGACAUUCACUGUGGAGGAGGCUGUGGAGACCAUCGGAUUCGGACGUUUCCACAUUGCCCUGUUUCUGAUCAUGGGCAGCACUGGGGUGGUUGAGGCCAUGGAGAUCAUGUUAAUAGCAGUUGUAUCUCCCGUCAUCCGCUGUGAAUGGCAGCUGGAGAAUUGGCAGGUGGCGUUAGUGACCACGAUGGUGUUUUUUGGCUACAUGGUAUUCAGCAUCGUCUUCGGCCUCUUGGCUGACAGAUAUGGCCGCUGGAAGAUUUUGCUCAUCUCGUUCCUGUGGGGAGCCUACUUCUCCUUGCUGACCUCUUUCUCUCCCUCGUACAUCUGGUUUGUCUUCCUGCGGACAAUGGUGGGCUGUGGCGUGUCCGGCCAUGCGCAAGGGCUAAUCAUAAAGACGGAAUUUUUGCCUACAAAAUAUCGAGGCUACAUGCUCCCCUUGUCUCAGGUUUUCUGGCUUGCUGGCUCCCUGCUUAUCAUCGGCUUGGCCUCUGUGGUCAUCCCCACCAUUGGGUGGCGUUGGCUCAUCCGCAUCGCCUCCAUUCCUGGCAUCAUCCUCAUCAUGGCCUUCAAGUUUAUUCCUGAAUCUGCUCGCUUCAAUGUCUCCACCGGGAACACUCAGGCUGCCAUGACCACGCUGGAGAGCAUCGCCAAGAUGAACCGCUCGGCCAUGCCGGAGGGGAAGCUGGUGGAGCCCAUCCUGGAAAAAAGAGGAAGAUUUGCAGACCUAUUGGAUGCUAAAUAUUUACGGACCACGUUACAGAUCUGGGUCAUAUGGCUGGGAAUCUCUUUCGCCUACUAUGGGGUCAUCCUGGCCAGCGCCGAGCUGCUGGAGCGAGACCUGGUCUGUGGUUCGCAGUCUGAGUUGGAGUCUGAGGUGGUGGUGACCCUGGGGGAUACAGAAGGAAGCCAGAGUCCCUGCCACUGCCACAUGUUUGCCCCCUCCGACUACCGGACCAUGAUUAUCAGCACCAUCGGUGAAAUUGCUCUGAACCCUUUAAAUAUCCUGGGCAUUAAUUUCCUGGGAAGACGGCUGAGCCUUUCUAUCACCAUGGGAUGCACGGCUUUGUUCUUCCUUCUCCUCAAUAUUUGCACUUCAAGUGCUGGCCUCGUUGGCUUCCUCUUCAUGCUGAGGGCUUUGGUGGCAGCCAACUUCAACACCAUCUACAUCUACACUGCUGAGGUCUACCCCACGACGAUGCGUUCUUUGGGGAUGGGGACCAGCGGCUCCCUGUGUCGCAUUGGUGCAAUGGUGGCACCAUUUAUAUCCCAGGUUCUUAUGAGUGCAUCAAUCCUGGGGGCCCUGUGUCUUUUCUCAUCCGUCUGUGUUGUGUGUGCCAUUUCUGCAUUUACUCUUCCCAUUGAGACCAAAGGACGGGCCCUACAGCAAAUUAAAUGAAGACCUGCAAACCUAUGUUUACCAGAGAAGAAAAAUGCCUUUAUCUUCACAAAGAGCUGUGGCACAUCUUUAAAAUCCUGGUUUAAUUUCUGUAUGCUACUUGGUAAUUAAGAAACUACGUAUUUGUGAAAAAUAAGGCACAUGAGAAUGAGGUGGGUUAACUGUGUAUUGAUCUCUUCACUGGGAGACAAUAUAUAGAGUUUUUAUAAAAUAUACUUUAAGACUGGAAAAAUGUCUGCGGGAGAUGUGUAGGGGGAAGGUGGCUUCUUCCUUUAUAUGAAGUGUUAACAUUUAUAUGAGUAAUGAAUCUCAGACAAAAUGCAUACAUAGUUGAUGUUCUCCCAUGAGGUUUGUAGCACGAGUUGGACUGAAACUUUGUAGCUAAGACAUGGACUUGGGGGUGGUAUCAUUAAGCCUUUAAAAAUGAUAGUCAUCAAAUUCACUAUUAAAAUUAGCAUAUUUACUUAAACUGUGGCCUCUAUAGUUUGCUUAUAUAAAAAUAGUGUGCUUAAAUUAGUACGAGUCUUGUAUAUAAUCACUAAGAAGCUGGGAAAAAACUAAUUUUUCCCAUUCUCUCGUUCUACUUCAUUAUUCCAUGGGAGGAAUUUUUGAUUCCCACGAUGUGAUAAAAAAAUUAAAGAGUGCAGCAAGCUCUCCUACAUCACCUAAUUAUUUACCUGCCCUUUGUUGAGCAACUGCUUGCAUGCAUGAUGUCACACCUGUGCACACUGCACUCUACUCGGUUAGGUAUGCUGUGGAAAUAAAACACCUAAGGCUUACCUUUAGAUUUAGUCUUUUAUUGCUGUUCAGGCUUAUUGUGGAGACCUCUGAAAUGGGGAUCCCAAGGCUUGGCUCACCUACUGCCUCCACCCCCAUGUUGCAGUGGGAAAAUAACUCACUGCAAUCACAACAAAAUGUCCCCCACUGGCAAACUAUGUACAUGAGAGGGUUUAUAUUCCUGCUUCAAUAUUUAACAGGCACGAACAUCUUAAGGUCAAACAACCUUUUCUGUAAAGGGCCAGACACUAAAUAUUUUAGACUUUGUGAGCUACAUAUGGUCUCUGUUGCAUUUAUCCCUCCAUAGGCUUUAAAAAUAUAAAAAACAUUCUUAGCUUUCAGGGUGUAUAAAAGUAAGCUGUAGGUUGAAUUUGAUUAACAGGCCAUAGUUUCGUGGAAAUAAAUUUCUAGGUCUAAGAUGGAGCCGCUCCUGCCCAGGGUGCCACAUCAGCAAACUGAAAUAACGUUCGUGUCCCUGCAAGUGCUCCGCCUGACCAGAAAUGCAGUAUAUCUUGUCAGCCAGUCCCCAAAUGCCAAGCCAAUUCUGGGCUCUAUGCUUACUUCCUUGUCCCUUAUUCUUUAUCCUAUAAAAGCUUCCUGCCUUCUGGCCAUUUUGCAGUUUUCUAGACCCUAGGGAAUAGAGACUGCCCACUGCAUGAAGUGUCAAAGUUUGUUCCCAGAAAGGCUCCAGGACAGUUACAGUGGGAGUCCGCAAUGGAUGGCAGCAGUUAGGGGACUCGUGAAACCCCAAGGCUAAGUCUACAGCAUACAGUGCAGGGAGACCUGGGGAAAUAAACUUAAGAAAUUUAAACUGUUUUAACCAAUGGCACAAGAAAACCUAAGUAGGCACAAGUCAGACUGUUAACAGCCGUUAGGGUGCCUGCCACUUUUAGAAAGAAAGCUUUUAGUGAAAGGAAUAAUAGAUCUAUUGCUCACGGGAAUCACAGAAGCCAAAGCUUCAAAAUUGGUGGGCACAGGUCAAGCACUUAAGAGAUGUUAGAGCACACGCCAACUAAGCCUAAAGCUAGAAUAAGCUGGUCACAGAACAGGUUAGAUCAAUAUGAGGUCACCUGCCAACCUCAAGAAAAAUGAGGUACGUUGUAAAACACCACAAAAUCCCCAACCCAGAGGUGCAUCCCUCUUAGGUAUUAAUUUGGUUCUGAGAGUCCCAAGGCUUAGCUACCGAAAUGGCAUCCUGAAGUUUUAAGUAAUUGAGUGUACCACCUUCUGCCAUACCUGCUUAUUUUUUGUCUACGAAUUGUGGUCCUGCAAGCUGUAGAUACUGUUAUACACUGCCUAACAACGUUUCAGUCAAUGACAGACUGCAUAUUAUGGUGGUCCCAUAAGAUUAGUAUCAUGUAGUUUAGGUGUGUAGUUGGCUAUACCAUCUAGGUUUAAGUACACUCUAUGAGCACAAUGACGAAAACACCUAACGACGCAUUUCUCAGAAUGUAUCCUUAUCGUUAAGCAAUGCGUGACUGUAUCUACAAAAAUGGCAAAAUCUUACUAGACAACAUAGAAUUACAAUAGUCAUUACGGGGAACGUUCCAAUUAGACAAGAUCAUUCAAGAAGUGUACUUGAUUGUUCCCAAAUCAACAAUUGGAAUAUGAUACCUAUUUUAAUUUGUAUGCAAAAGCCUUCAAAAGGCCUCAAAAUUCCAAAAUAGCAUCAUUGAAAGAUUCAGUGCGAAAGGCUAAUAAUGAAAAAUUAUAGACAAGAGGUACCUAAAACAAGACUGAUGUGAUUCCUACAAUUCCCCUCUAUCUUCCUUUACCUGAAUACUCAGUCUACUAACCCUCUAUCUGAAUUGCCUUUGCACUCUGAAGAGACCAUAAAAGACUGGAAACAAAAGUCCAUCAAGUUAGUAACUUACAAGCGCUCCAAGGACAAAAAUCUAAGAAACUACUGGGCCUUCCUGGAGGCACUCUCCUAGAGGGUCUAUCAUCAAAACACUAGCCUAGAAAUCUGUGUCUCAUUUGCAAUCAACUGGGACAUCCGCAAAAAGAUUGUCUUCAAAGGUUUUGUGAAAUCCUUCCACAGCGAUUCGAAUGCCCCCAUUAUCUACCCUCAAAGGGUACCCCAUAAGGGUCCCUCCCAGGGUUGAUGGGACUCUGAAGGAGUCACCAGUAAACUGCUACCAGUUAUUCCCUUCAACAACCAAGGGGAAACUAAAAAUUAAAAUUAAUGGAAAAUCUUGCCAAAUUCUGGUAGCUCCUGGAGCUACAUGCUCUACUUUAAACUCCAUUUGCUGGAGGCUGUAGAUAGGAUCCUGGGAAAAUAAGCAGAGGCCAGUGGAGAGUGAGAAUUCAUACAAAAGUCAGCUCUUCUGGAUCUCUGUAGUGCUGGUGAAUAGAUUUUUCACAUUCUUUCCUUUUCAAAUUUCAGACUCUUGUGAAUUUGGUUUUAGGGAACCAAUUGGUAUUGAUUUUUUCUCUCCCCCAGGGACAGCUAUUGCCUUCCUGUUUGUCUCAUUUUGUGUCCUGAGAAGUUGGGUUGGCUUUUCUGCCUGCUGAGACAUGCAGAUUGUUAGUUCUUUUGUAUGAAGGUGGCUCAAUCAUCAGAUUGGGGACCCCAAAUAUGGAUGGACAGAAAUGUGGGUGGCACUCUGUUUCUGGCUCAGGGCCUAACAAAUGUUGCCAACUCAGAGGAAAUAGUCUAAGUCCUCCUUUCUUUUGGCUAUCUUUGGGAGUGGCUCUGGAUCUUGGGAGGGUAGUACCUUUUGGGGUUGUUCAAUAUUGCCAGGAAUAUUUACCAUUUAUCCUGGUGAAACUUGACAUUUGAUUUUUUUUUAAAGGAACUGUAUGGUGAGAAGGUGGCCAAAUUGUAAGCUGAUAUUCAGAGCCUGAUAGGAACUUUUUGGGCCUUCUCCCCUAAGCUAAAGUGAAACUAUGUUCCUGGGCGGGGGUGGGGUGGGGGGGCCAUUCCAAAGACAAACAGUUCUAAAUCUAGAACAUAGGAAUCUUUUCAUUUCUAUCUUAGUUGAAGAUGCUAUCCCUGAUAUACAGAAACAAAUUGAAGAUAAUGUUGUUGGAUAGGUGGGGCAGCCUCUUGACAUCAUUUAGGUCGCAACUCAAUUCUUUGAGGAAUUACAAACAACUGUCCUUGUCUUACAAAUUGAGUCUUUAUAAGAACAGAAAAAGCCCAUCCAUCUGUUUUACGAUCCCCAAACCUCCCCUAUUCAUCUCAAAAGGCUUUGUAGGUAUUGUAAAAUGUUUAGAUUCAGGAAACAAAAAUACUUCUCAGAGGAACUUGCAUUCUUUCUCUGUGCCUUGGAGAUGUAAAUGUCCUAAUCUUUUCUAGGAACUGAGGGCCAUUUCUUUGGAAUGCAAAGCUCAGGGAGAUAAUUCUUAUUAAAGAAAAAAGGGAGGGGGCUAUUUGGAAAUAAGAUGAACAAAAGAAUCUUAAGUCUUCACCACAUAUAUUAGUAAAAAGCUUAAGCCAUCUGAGCAGGUAACUUAACUUAUUCUAUCUGCCAGAAACACAAUUUGGAUCCCAACUGUUCUUUCAUGAACCAGUGAGGUUUACAUCAUCAUACCCAUUUCAUGGCUAAAAUUUUAGAACAAAAGCUAUAUCUCUGUUUGUGUCUGUAUGUUUAGUAUCGCUCUAUAUGUAUGUUAUAGAUGUUAUUUCUUUCUAUUUCCGUAUGAUAUUGCCAAAAUUAAUUUGUAAGGAGCUCUAUUUAAUUGGCUUAAAGAAAAAAAUAUUUAUAUAAAUCAAGUAUACUCUCAGAAAUAUAGAAACUAACCCAAAUUUUUUCAAGUUCAAGUGAUCUAGGAUAAUCUUCAGUAAAAAAAGUUAGUUUAAGUUUGUUGGUUGAAAUUUGUUGAUAUGUCGAUUGCUGGUUAGUUAAGUUUGUUGGCAUGUCUUCAGUUAUCAGCAUUAAAUAUAAUGUGGCCGUACAACUUUCAUUCUACCUAGGUUUACUAAAAGUCAAAAUAAGCUCAAGUUACCUCUGUUAUAGACUUUCUCAGCGAGAAAGAUAACUAAGGUUGAUGGUUAGCUGUUUAGUGUCUCAUGAAAUUUUCAUGAGUAAUCUAAAUAUAUAAUUAAGGAGAAGCAAAUUAAAUAGAUGUAAGAUAAAAACUUAUAAAUGAACUUUUCAAUAAUAAUUAUGCUUUAUGGUAUGUCUACUUAAAAGCAGUUGCCAAACUCUUUUUGGUAACUUGAAACCUUAAAGUUAUAUUGAGAUAAGCUAAAUGAGGCAUAUUUAUUGAAUAUCUAGAUCCUUUCCAAGUAAGAUAAAAUACUAAAACAUUAACUAUUGAACAUAGGUGAAUCCAUGUUUGGCUUUUACAGAAAAACUAAAGAUAUUUGGGUCUAUUAGUAAACAUGUUUUGUGCCACACUGAAAAAUUUACUAUAAUACACAGCUAGAAAUUAUGAAAUUUAUAAAUUUGCCAAUCCAGAAUGCUAGUGUAUGUAACAAAUAUCCACGCAAUUGCUUACCUUGUAGGAAUUAAGGAUUCUAAAGGGUUAGGAAUUCUAAUAUAUAUGUCAUAAGGUAAACACCUCCAUACAAUGAAAGCAGGAUGUAUUUUUGGUAAGAAAAGGUAUGAGGUAUGAAGAUGUGUUUUCAUGAAGGGAAAAAGAGUAAUUUUGUCCUAAAGUAAAAUGACUGAUUGUUCCAGAAUGAGAGAGAGGGAGGGGGAAAAAAAACAUAGGGCAAAAAUCUGAAGGGAUAUAUAAAAGUUGUCUAACGUUUUUAAAAACUUCUUAAAAAAGGCAUUUUAUGUGUGGUUAAGCUGGCUAAGAUUGGAUUAAAUUUUUUAAAAAGUUUUAAUAUCAAAAGUACACUGUUGCAAAAUUAGAAUUUGGUUUCCUCUCUGUUAAAAGGACAAAGUUUUUUUUGGAGUAUUGGUCUGCUCUUAAUAAGAAAUUGUAAAUAAACGUUUUUCUUUACCUUUUACAUAAUCUGCCUAGAAAGCAAAGAUUCUGCUUUACCAAAAUAUAGACAACAUAAAGCACACUAAAUUAUCAAGUCUUUGAUCACCUAAGAAAACUCAGUCUUUUCAAUAUUAAAAGAACUAAGGUGUAUUUUUUUUUUUUAACUAUGUAACUUUCUGUAUUUGCCUUCGAAGUCAUGUUAAAUAGAUAUUUUGGACAAACUUCCCUAAAAUCAAAUUCUAAAUAAAGUCUUUUUGACGUCAAACUAACUUUGGGUCUCUGAAACAUCUCAACAAGAUUUGUUCUCUCUCUUUAUAAAAAGAGAAAUUAAAUCAAUUCAGCUUAUUUUAUACGUUCAAUUAUAUAGGAAGCAUUGUCAAAUAAUGUUUCAGAAAUUGUAUGUAUCUAUAUUUAUUUUUGCUGAGGAAGAUUCACCCUGAGCUAAUAUCUG